UAUAAUAAAAUUCUAUACUUCUUGUAUUAUUAGAUCGACUAAUUUGUUGUGGAGCAUGAGUGCAGUUUCUCUUUACAUAAAAUGGCUUGGAAGUAUUGGAAAUUAAUUAUGGUGCGCUAUAAAUCCUAUACUUUACAAUACUUUUAUUUCGAUAGGAUGCUACUUUCACAACAUUUACUAAGAAUAUGAUUUAUGAAUUGUCAUUUGUUAUCUCAAUGCCCUCCCUCCCCACCUCCCUGAACAGGUGCAAUUGUUCACAUACACCACAAGUUUGACUAAAUCAGCCAACCUUAAACGGGGGUGGUCAUGUUUCGACACGGUGCUGAAUUAAUCACAAUUGUAAUUUUGCCUCUAUGGUCAAAUGUACAUUUUAGACAUUUAGCAGAUGCUCUUAUCCAGAGCGACUUCCAGGAGCCAUUAGGGUUAAGUGCCCUGUUUAAGGGGACAUCGUCAGAUUUUUUUAAUCUAGUCGGCUCAGAGAUUCUAACCAGCGACCUUUCAGUUACUGGCUCAACGCUCUUAUCCGCUAGGCUACCUGCAGCCCUAUCAAUUUCCGGUUGGACAGUUUCUGACAUGUUUAUAAAAACUUGAUUCAUUGUAUUGUCAUGAGCGGCCCUGGAGACUGACACCGGUGUGCUUGUCUGCUGAGCACUACUCCUGAUCAAAUGGCCCCGACCUGAUGUCCAGGUGUCCCCUUGCUGAUGGUCUACCCUCUUUAGAACCCGUUGGUUUGAAUGGAGAUGGCACUGCUCCCAGACAUCGCGGCCUGGCCUGGUCUCCUGACUGGGAGUGUCCUACUCCUGGUCUUGGGGAGUAAUCCUUCCUGGGUUGUGGGGGACAACACAACUAAUAGUCUACCCUCUAACACAACUGCCCCAGGACCCAACAUUGCAGCUAUUGUGGCCCCGACUGUUAUACUGGGGCUGCUGGCCAUAGCAGCUGCUGUGCUAGUGUGGCUUUUCUGCGUGGUGAGGAAGAAGAGGCAGACGGAGGGGACGUACCGGCCCAGUGCUGAGGAGCAGACGGGGGCCAGCAGUGUUGAGACACCAGACGCACUCAAACUGCCCAAGGAGGAGAGACUCAUCUGAGCCUAGUCUCUCAGAAGUCUCUCAACACCUGUCCUGUACAACCAAGCAACAGCUAAAUCCUGAUGACUGUAGAAGCUCCACCUAAAGAGCUGAUGAUUACCUAGAUAUUAGAGGGUCAUGACACAACGCUGACAGAUACAGGAUGGGACGAGAGGUACACAGCACCUAGCCCUGGAAGAGGAGGGCCCAGGCACUGUGUACUGUACGUACUGCAAGCACAUGGACUAGUGCUAGUACAGGACCUGGACACAGACGUUGGGAUAGCUACAGCAAAUACCACAGCUUGUAACUAGAACAACUAGAACUAAGGUUCAUGAUGCUCUGACUGCUUUCUCUAUGGUGUGUUAUUUAAUAGCACUGGAAUAUUUGAAUGGGAUAGACAUGUACACAAUCAUUCAAAUGGUCAUACUGGAAGAGGAAACAAACCAUCACCUGCACUAGAUGGAAGAGGACCAGUAUUCAGUCCCUGCUCAUACUUGUCUUUGGUAAAUACAUUUCAGUCUGAGUAUUUCAGUCCUCUGUCUAGGCAAUUUGGCUCUCUCAACAGCUACAAAAAGACUGGAUACAGUCUUAACUGCUAGAAUCGUAAGCAGACUGCUGUUACCUGUGCUACCUUGAUACAUGUAAAAAAUUAUAUUGGAAUGUAAUGUAAAUGUUUGUAUAAAUGCCUUAUUGAUUACUUAAAUUUAUAGCGUGCAAUAAUAUUUGUUUAACCACUAUUGAUUGUCAUAGAAGCAUUUAAUUGUCUAGAUUUUUACACUGAUUACUUACCUCAAUACAUGUCUCACUACUGAAUCAGUCCUGUAUCAGUCCUGUAUACAGCUUUACAGAUAAUGACACUGUAAGCUAAUAUUAUCUGGAAAACAUUUCUCCCAGUGGGAUAUUCUGUUUGCGGAUACUGUGUGCAGAACAAAUAAUUGUCAUUAUUAAUCAUAUUUAAGCACAAAAUGAAUGAUUGUUUACAUUUGAAUAAUUGUAUUGUAGUAUUUCCGAAUUUAACAUUAAUUUAACAUUGGCUGAACUGUGAUACUACAUUAGAUCAUAUCUUCUAUGUGUGUUCUUACCAGUACGCUGUUUGUAUUUUGAAAAGCCUAUGAUGGGAUUCAAUUCUCAUCAUGUAGAGUUGUUAUAUGAUGUCAUGACCUAUUUAUCUUUUGUAGCCUACAUUUUAAAUAAAUACCAAUAGUCAUUUUUAGAAUUGGCCACCUCAGUAGAUUUUCUUUGCAUAAUCAGUGCUGGACUUUGAUCAGAUGAUGUCAAGACUUGCUUCUCUCUCUCUCUCUCUUGUGAAAACACAACCAGACUUCUAUGAGGAAUUAAUGAGAGGGCAAAAGCAGAAGACAGAGCAUCGUAUAAGCUGACAUCAUGUAUCAGACAUCCCUAAAAUGGUGAGUGUGAAGUGUAUGAGAAAUAACGCACUUGCUCAGCAUGCAGACCUUACUAGUCAGCUUUCGGUGAAGCUGUGAUUGACAAAAUAGCUUCAGUCAGAAUUAUUAGCCAGCGGCAACUGACUGCAGGAGCUGGGAAGUGAUGACUGCUGAAAACAAUGAAUCCAAGUCUUUCUGUCUUUAACAGUCACUAUACGUCAGUCUCAUUUCUCCUGUUGUUACAUUCUAGGAAUGCAUUCCAAUGCAGUUUAUUGCUCCUAACUCAUUGGCAUGAACCCAUAGUGGGCAGUGCAGUUUGUCUUCAGCCUAUAGUUAAUGCUCCCACACAAACCCAGUUUCCAACUGUGGUUGGCCAUUUCUGGUUUGUAAAUCUGCUUUUACCUUUGACAUUUUGGGCUCAUGGCUUCAAAAUCAUGUAAUUUACAGUAUGUGAACAUACUGUAAUUGUACAUGCUAACUUUAACCUAGUGUGUCAUUUCAAUUUCAUGUUGUACAGUAAUCAAGUCUAUAUAAGACCAUAUUAAUUAUUUAUAACACCCAUCAAAUAAAAACAAUAAAAACA